GCCGACGUGUACAGAUUGAGUAGCUAUUAUACGACUAAACUCGUAAAAUUACUAGUAAAUAAAACGGAAUUGCCAUGUGUUUGAAUUUCUUCUGAAGUUAUACAUAAAAUAAAUAUUAGAAUUUGCAAAUUGCUUUGGAAUUAAAAUAUGAAUACUGUUGAAAAAAAGCCAAAAGGUGUAAAAUUGUGGAAGAAACAGAAAGCUCAAAAGCAGGGAUCUGAAAAUGCCAAUUUAAAAGUAAAAUUGAGCGUGGAUGAUGAAGUAAGUUUUACUAAAUCAGAAAUGAACCAAGACACUUCAUUAAAAUUGCCAAAGAAAAGGAAACAUGAUAGAAGUAUAAAUGGAGAAGAUUCCAUAGAUAUGAACAGCAAUGAAUCUUCGAAAAAUCAGAGUUUUCAAGGAGGAAAGAAGAAAAAAGUUGAAAAUGAAACUUUACAAAACAGUGCAUCAGUAAAAUCUAUCUUGAAGAAAAGGCAAAGUGAAUCAAAUGAUUCAAAUCAGAAGAAAAAAGUUAAAGUUGAAGGUUUGACUAAUAAGGAAAGAAAACUGCUUCAUCUAAACAAAAAGAAGAAAGUAAAGGAGUCAAAUAAUGUAAAUGAUAGUGCAGCCAAAAUUGAUGAAGCAAUGAAAAAAGGGAAUCUAACUAAAAAAGAAUGGAAAGAGUUGAAAAAGCAAAAGAAGAAGUUGAAAAUGGAAAAGAAAGGAAAAGGAGAACAUUUUGAACUUACACAAACUUUAAAAAAUUUAUGGGAAGACUUAAGAAGGGAAGACUGUAAACCAGAGAAAAAGAGUCAGUUAUUGAAACAAGCUUGUGAUCUUUUAAAAGGUCGUGUAAAAGAGUUCACAUUUGCUCACGAUACCGUUCGUGUUUUGGAAUGCAUUUUAUCUGAAGGUGCUGAAACACAUCGCACACUUUUAUUUGAAGAGCUUAAAAAUGAUAUUAUUCCAUUAUCAAUGUCUAAAUAUGGAAAGUUUUUUGUUCAGAAACUCUUGAAGUAUGGAUCCAAGCAGCAAAAAGAACAUGUAAUGAAGGCUUUUCAUGGAAAAGUUGUAAAAUUGAUUAGACAUACAGUAGCUGCAGAUGUUGUAGAAUUAGCUUUUAAUGAAUGUGCAAAUGCUGCUCAGAGAUUUGAAUUAGUUCAAGAAUUUUAUGGUCCUACCUUCAAAUUUUUCAAAACUAAUGAAGUUUCAUCUUUGAGUGAACUUCUUGAAAAAGAUCCAAGCCAAAAACCAUCAAUUAUUAAACAUAUGAAAGAAGAGUUGACAAAAGUGCUGGAUAAAUCAGUGAUAAAACACAGUAUUGUGCAUCAUAUCCUGUGGCAGUUCAUGAUUCAUGCUGACCCAGCUUCAAAAUCAGAAAUAAUUGAAGCUGUUAGAGACGUGAUACCUGAAAUUCUACAUUCUAAAGAUGGUUCCAGAGUUGGAAUGCAUUGUGUUUGGUAUGGCACUUUAAAGGAUCGAAAAGUUAUCAUUAAAAGUAUGAAAACUUUUGUUGCAAAAAUUGCCAUGGAAGAGCAUGGACAUAUGGUUUUACUGGCUUUGUUUGAUUGCUUUGAUGAUACUGUUUUCUUAGAUAAGCAUAUUAUUAAGGAACUUGUUAGCCGUAUACUUGAGUUAUCACAAAAUAAAGACAAAGAGAAAAAUGACUUGCAAAAAAAUGAUCCUUUACUCGAAUUUCUGCAGAAUGCCCAUGUGAAGAAAGUUCUGAUAUAUUUGUUAAAUCCAAGAGAUCCUCAUUAUAUUCAUCCUGAUGUAAUUAAUAUAUUGAAACAGGGUGAUAAUAAUGAAACAAGUAAAAAAGAUCCUGAAUUUCGACAGGCAGAAUUAAAAGCUAUUAUAGCUGGACCACUUUUAAAUCUAAUUGAAUCUAAUAUUCAAAAGUUUUAUACAGACAAUGCAUUUUGUCUGUUUACAUUGGUUAUCCUGCAGCACACUGUGGGUAACAGAAGAACUGCAUUUAAGGCAAUAGCUGACUUGGUUGUAGAGCCUUAUACUACCGAAAACAAGAAUACUCAUCCAAUCGAGCAUUCUGGGUCUCAUUUCAUGUAUAAACAGCUCAUCAUUCAUGAUAAAGAUGAAUCACAGGAUGAUGUUAAAUUUAGUGAAGUUUUGAUUGAGACUGUACCAAAAUUGGUAUUUAAGUCAUGGAUGGAAUGCAACCGAGGAGCUUUCUUACUGGUCAGCUUGCUAGAAACAGAAAUACCAUCUGUUGUUCAAAGAAUUAAGGAAGAAUUAUCUGGAUGCAAGAAAUAUUUAUCCAAGAAGCCUUACAAAGGAGCUGAAAUACUAAUUAAAAAACUUAAAUAACUUGUAAAUAUUAGUAUCUAAUUAAAUGAUUUUACAAAA